AUGCAGCAGGACCUCAAGAGAAAACGUAUACCAACAGCCUGUGAGAAUUGCAGGAAUCGUAAGGUGGGAUGCGACGGAGCACUGCCGACUUGUCGGCGUUGCGCAAAGAGGCAGGAAACUUGUGAAUACUUACAGAGACCGAAUAAGCUAAGUAUGGCUUACGUGAAGGAGCUUGAGAAGAAGUUGGGAAUAGUUGAUGAUAGCGUGAUUCAAACAAAAAGUAUAGACUCUCAUGCUUCGAGUGAGCUCAGCAGGUCUGAGUUUUCUUUGGCGAACUCCUUGAAAGGCACACCCCCUUCUGCCAUUGGAAGCGAUUCUGGAGCGGUGACGUCUCCAACGAAUCUUAGGACUUCGCUUUGGUAUAUAGUGGAAAAGGGAAAUGGCACAACUGCUCCAGAGGUGCGAGAGCGUUCCAAAGACACAAACAGCGUCGCAGAGGGCAAGGAAGAUUCCUUACAUAUUGAUGCUAUGGGUGCGGACAGCAAUAUUCUGAAAGGGCAGGAGGUGACAAAAGAGUUCUAUGGAAGUUCUGCAGCUAUGUCGUUUAUGAGGGUACUUUCUGGGUCGAUGGACAGUCAAAUGCAAUCGGGCCAUGCAAACAUAUGCAAGAAUAGGCAGACAAAAUAUCGCCUAAGCGGUUACAAAGGAACAAUUUCAAAUCAAGAGACUUGGGUUUUUCCUCCAAGGUCAAUAGCCGACAGGUAUGUCGAGAGGUACUUCCGUUAUGUUUAUCCUCUCUAUCCCUUUGUCCAUAAAACUUCGUUUAUGUCUGUCUAUGAGGAGAUAUGGACUAGCAAUGGGACCAAAGCUGAAGAGAGUGACCUUUUCUAUUGCAUAGUGAAUUUGAUUUUUGCAUUGGGAUGCCAUCAUAACGUCGAGGCAUUCUUCGAUGCCGAAUCACCUUCGUCGCAAGAAAAAGAAGGCAAUGCAGAAGCGGCUCUGGUUUACUUUGAAAGAUCACAGAAAUAUUUGACUUUUGAGAUCAUGGAGAAAGGAUCGCUUCUUUUGAUACAGACAUUACUACUCAGAGGUCAAUAUUUACAAGCAACUUAUCGAGCAGAAGGGUGCUGGAACACUAUUGGACUGGCCAUCAGAGUUGCUCAAGGUUUGGGGCUCCACAUGAACUAUAACGUGGCAUCGAAAGGGAGCUUCAUUGAGCAAGAGGUAUGCAAACGAGUUUGGCAUGGGUGUCUAAUGAUGGACCGAAUUGUUUCGAUGACAUUUGGACGUCCCUUGAUGGUGACAUCACCAGGAAACGUCGACCUACCCCUUGCCGUAGACGACGAGCUGAUUACGGACACAGAAAUCAAAGUAUCUAACCCAGACGACAAGUGUGAAUUGCGCUUCUUUUUGGAGUCGCUGAAACUGUUCGGCAUACUUUCUGAGAUUUUGCAAAGGUUUUACUUAGGCCAGGAUCACAGUGAUUCCAUGGGAGACCCAUUCCCAAGCAUUUUCCAAUUUGAACAGAAAUUGCAAGAAUUCGAAGAAGGGUUACCUUAUUUUUUGAGGCGUGAAAAUCCCGAGCAGGAUCACCCGUUCAGACGCCAGGCGAUCAUUUUGAGGGCACGAUACCUCCAUCUUAAAAUCAUGUUGUACCGCCCCAUACUACUUCCUGAUUCCAGAAUUUACAAUGAUUCUGUAAAACGCAGAGGAUCUGAGCUGUAUAGAGGAGCAAAAGAGAUGACUUCGAAAGCUUGCGUCGAUUCCGCGAUACAGCUGGUGUCCUUGUUACACACCCACAUGAACAGACCUUUCUUACUUCCCGCAUCUUGGUACAAUGUAUUCUAUAUCUACACCUCUGCAAUGGUGUUACUAGCUGCCAAGUUGCAAACAAAUGUUUCAGAUCUUUUUCAGCCUAAAGUUUUGAGGACAACAUGGAAAAAUGCCCUAGGCAUGCUUGGUAAUGUCCAGACAAGAUCAGGCUCUGCCUUAGGAUGUCUGAAGAUCCUGACUGAAAUGCAUAAACGGAUUCCUUUACGACCACCAUCCAACUGCAACGCUCCUUCAGUUGGUAUUGAACCAGAAAGUACGGCCUUCAACUUUGACUUGAACCCUGGAAUUGGGGGCUCCUCCGAUCUCGAAUUUGCCUUCGAUUCAGAUUUGUUUUUUACCACUAUUUGUGAAGGUACGGGCGCGGUUGGCCCAGAUUUUACUAUAAACGGAACUUAG